AACACAGUUCUUCGAUAUAAUGAAGGUGUUAACUGUAUUGUUGACUUUGGCUAUUGCUGCCUCAUACGCAGAUUCUGCUAGAGAGCUAUCUGCUACAGGUUACCAUGAAAAGAUAGGUAUUCCUUUGGCUAGAAAGAUCAAACUGGCUGAAGAACAAGGACAGUUAACUUUGGAAGGUCAAAGGAUUGUGGGCGGUUCUAUUGCUGAUAUCAGUCAAGUUCCUUACCAAGUUGGUCUUGUCAUCACAAUCCUCUGGGUUUUGACAUCAGUUUGCGGUGGCAGCCUCAUCUCUACUACCCGUGUGCUUACUGCUGCCCACUGUUACCACGAUGGAAUAUUCACUGCCAACUCCAUCCAAACUGUCCAUGGAUCCAAUUUGCUGUUCACCGGCGGAGUGCGGCUUAGCACCACAGAUAUUGAGAUCCACCCUAACUGGAAUCCCCAAACGAUUGCUAAUGAUGUGGCUAUCCUUCGCAUACCUGCAGUUACCCUUUCUAAUGUAAUCCAGACGAUCGCUCUGCCUUUCAACGAUGCUUCAAAUCUUUUUGUCGGAAAUCACGCGCUCGCUUCUGGAUACGGCCUACGUUCCGACGGUGGUUUCAUCGGCAUCCUUCAACGCCUAAGUGCCGUGACUCUCCCCGUGAUCCCCAACAGCGUUUGUGAUGCAGUCUACAGACCCUACAUCACCGAUACAACUAUUUGCACCAGCGGCACCGGCGGCCAAGGAACGUGCAGUGGUGACUCCGGUGGUCCUCUUGCUCUUAACAUUAACGGGGUUCCCACACUGAUCGGUGUGACAUCGUUCGGCUCAUCUGAAGGUUGCGAAGUCGGUCUGCCUGCUGGUUACGCCAGAGUCACGUCCUAUGUGUCUUGGAUCACCUCCGUGAAUUAUUCGGAGAGGCUACAGGCACAGCUGGAUUAUACAUCUACGCCUCCAGAUAAAAACACGGAAAUCUCAGAGUUAACUGCGGAAAUCAGAGGCCUACGUAGUGAGGUGUCCACGAUUCAAUCCCAGAUUAAAGAGGUGCUGGACAGGCUUACACUUCAUACCGAACGCCUGGAAACUAUUUCCAACAGAAUAUCAGACAACGAGUCAAAAAUCAAGUCUCUUGAAGCCAAACAAUCGCAGACUGCUGAACUCCAAGAGACAGUGUCCAGGCUUCAAGACCAGCUGAACAAACAGGAACAAGUUGCUUUGAGAAAUGAAGUCGAGAUAGUUGGUUGCCCUGAAAGCUCUAAUGAAAAUCCCAUCCAUAUUGUACUAACUACAGCAGCGAAAAUUGGUGUGACUCUUACUCAUUGUGACGUGGAUGCUACCUGGAGGGCUGGUCCCCGCCUACGCUCGGCGUCGGGCAUGGAAGGAGUUAAUCACCGCAUCCACCCUCGGCCAAUAGCCGUCCGCUUUAUCCGUCGUGCGACGCGUGACGAGUUCCUUAAAGCUGCGAAGACUAGGCGCAAUGUAACAACGGAAGAUCUCGUCUUUAAUGAUAAAAACCCCCAAAGGAUUUUUGUCAACGAGCGGUUGACUAGAGAAAAUCGGCAGCUUUUUCGUGCCGCUAGACAACGGGCCACGAUCGCUAAAUUUAAACACUGCUGGACAUCUUCAGGUUCGGUGUUUGUCAGGAAGCACGAUAGUUCGGCUGUUAUUCACAUCCGCAAUCCUCUGGACUUGGAUCGUAUUACCGGGGAUCCUAGCAAAGAAUCCGAAAAUCCCUAUGCAAAUCCUGCCCCCAAUAAGGUUAAUCGCGCCAAGCCAUCCAGAACCGUGAUCAGCCAUGAUUUUGAAGCCAUCGGAGCGGAGCUUAAAGAAGAAAACUGGCAGCCGUUGAAGAACAUGUUCAGCAACAUGAAACUCACUUUACUGAUCAUGUUAAUGUCCGUGUCCGUGAUAACAAAUGCUUUCCUGAUAAAUUACAACUCAUUUCCAUCAAACAUUGGUGUAUAUGAUUACCAUCGAAAUAUCGGCAUACCACUGGCUGAGAAGAUAAAGAAGCAUGAAAGUGAAAUCAGCAUGCAGCGGAUUACUGGCGGAUUAGUGACAGAAAUCGAUGCAGUGCCUUAUCAGGCAGGUCUCAUUAUCUCAGUCCUCGACAAUCUUUCUAUCUGUGGUGGCUCCAUCAUUUCUGCCACUAAAGUCCUCACAGCUGCCCACUGCUAUGCUGACGGCAGUUCAACAGCUGAAGCCAUACUGGUUGUUCUGGGCUCCAACCAACUAUUUUUUGGAGGCACAAGGAUAGAUGCAGUAGAUGUGGUAGCGCAUUCUGGAUUCAAUCCCGUAACGGCAGAAAAUGACAUCGCCAUUAUACGAGUGCUAAGUGUCGUAUUUUCUUCGCAGAUCCAACCGGUGGCCCUUCCUUCGGGCGAAGUAAAUAUGGAUUUCACUGGAUACCAGGCACUCGCCUCAGGCUAUGGGAUGACAAGCGAUGACGAAGACAUAGAGUUACUCCAAACUGUUAGUUCAGUGACAGUUCCUGUGAUCAGUAACACAGCAUGUGCAGCAAUGUACGGAGGUUUCAUCCUAAGCCAGCACAUCUGCACGAGCGGUGUGGGUGUCAAGGGUACAUGCGGUGGCGACUCUGGGGGCCCGUUGGUAGUAGACUUCGACUCCAGGACUGUUUUGAUUGGCAUAACGUCUUUCGGAGCGGAGUUCUGCACGCUAUCAUACCCGUCCGCUUAUGUCCGACUAACUGAGUUCUUGGAUUGGAUAUCAACACAGAUGGAUUGAGGUGUUACGUAUUUACAAAUACUAAUUAGGUAUUUAUAAAUAUCUCGUAAAUAAGUGCUACUCAAUAAAAGGAAGAAAA